AUGAAGAUCCGCAGUUUCCUCACCGAAGGCAUCACGUUCCUCCUUGUUGCUCUUGUGUCGCUCAUGUUGAUACCCAAGGGAGCGAUGCUGGUAACCGGCGUUGAGUCGCCGGCGAUGGUGGUUAUAUCGGGGAGCAUGGAGCCGGCGCUUAAGAAGGGCGACAUGCUGUUUGUGCAUAACAUGAGCAACGAACCUAUCCGAGAAGGAGAGAUCGUUAUUUUCAGAGUUCCCGGCGGUGAGCAUCCAAUCGUCCAUCGUGUGAUCAAGGUCCGUGAGAACCGUGACACUGGAGAAAUUCAGAUCCUCACUAAAGGGGACAAUAAUUCGGUCGACGACCGAUUUCUCUACGCAGACGGGCAGCUGUGGCUUCAGCCGCAGGAAAUUAUUGGACGGGUCGCAGGCCAUCUGCCGUAUGUUGGAUGGCCUAAUGUCUUCAUCAUCGAAACCUUUAAGAGAUUUGGGGGAGAGGGGGGCGAACUCAGUAGCCGGCCAUGGCAGUCGGAGGGGCGGGGAGAGGAUUACCUGCGCGCGACAUCGGGUCGGGGAGAUCAAGCUCGCCCCGUCCUCCUCGCUGCUGCUCGCGACCUGCAGACAACAUCUGUGAGGGGCGGGUCGAUUCAGCAGGGGAAAAGGAAGGGCGGCGUCGAGUGA